GCGAAGCUCCAGAAGCCGAAUUUGCGACAUACAUGUUGAAAAGCUGACAAAUGCGCUUCCCAUAUAUAAAAGAAUCAUCGAAACUCAAGACUGAAAUCGACCAUGACAGUGGCGUCGUGCCACUGUUCUUGUUGUGAGAUUUUUGAAAAAAUAAUGAUUCGCAACAUUUUGCCUUGUGUUACGUUAUAUUGUUCAACGAGACACGCGAAUCAGGUGAUAUAAUGACGCGGUAACGAAAACAGCUGCUGAUCAUGUGUUCAUGUUAGAAAAUUAAAAGACACGGGUUUAAAUGCCCUUGUUACGCAAGGUGUUGUUGAAGCUGACAAUUCUAGCUCUGCUCUUGGUAAUUCUCUACUGCUAUCAGACGUCCAAUGGCGGAGGCAUCGUAUCCAAUAAUCUGCGAGCGCAAAAUGCAGGUCCGGUUAAUCUUACAACCGCCCUAACAUCAGCCAAGUAUUCCACCGAGGUCAAUUAUACGUCCUCGACUACUGUGAGCACUUUGCUACACAAUGAGACGAGCGAUUACAAUAUCUGGUGCAUUUUCACCAAAGUCACAUUAAACUCACCCAUGAAGCGCAAAUUUCAAAUAUUUGUAGACUCCUUACUCAAAUCGACCACUAUAGAUAUUGUCUUUCAUGUAAUAAGUGAUAACGACAGUCGGCAUAUAGCACAGGCUGUUAUCCAACAUGUUAUGGUUAAUACGGGAAAGUUUAUGAAGAUAGUUUAUUAUGAUGUACAUAAACUGGCUGUACAACUGGAGGACAUAAUAUCAGUUAUGUCACCACACUUCAGCAGCAAACCGGGAACUUAUUACUCCGACGCGUUGUUCUUUCUUUCACUGGGUUUGCACAGAAUUGCGCCCACUCAUCAGAAAUUUGCUGCCAUGUUUGAUGCGGACACGAAAUUUCGUCGAGACGUUAAAGACUUGUUUCAAGAGUUUCACAACUUCGGGAAGGAAGCUCUGUUUGGUUUGGCUUCGGAACUCACUCCGGUUUAUCGACACGUCUUGUACUUAUAUCGCAGCAAACAUCCAACAACAAUGUUCGGUGAGCCUCGUCACAAAGGCGGAUAUCCCGGCUACAAUAGUGGAAUGGUGCUUUUUAAUUUGGAGAGAUUGCGAAACUCACGCAUAUACAAUGAGACCGUCAGUAAGAAAAGUGUGGAUGCAAUGACGAAAAAAUAUAACUUCAAGGGCCACUUGGGUGAUCAGGAUUUUUACACGCUUCUAGGUAUGGAAAAGCCGGAACUUAUUCAUACAAUUGAUUGUGGCUGGAAUAGACAACUUUGCACUUGGUGGCGCGAUCGUGGUUAUGCGGAUAUUUUUGCUAAUUACUCGGAGUGUAAUUCAGAGACCAAACUGUGGCACGGAAAUUGCAAUACUCCUAUACCUGAUGAUUAAACAAUUUUUAUGGUACGUGCGAUAACUCGUAAAGUACAAGAAAAUGCUCUUCCAAUUUUGUAGAUUUAAAGAAAAAUGGUGCUAAAGUAUGAAUCUAGAGACAAAGAAUUUCGAAACAAGAUUUUUAGCGAAAAUGGUUAGAAAAUUUUGUAAGCAAGAUUAGAUUCGUUUAUUUUAUGUUAAGUAAUAAAUUUACAUUUUCUAAUAACGUUCGUAUGUGAACACUUAAUCUGCGAAUCACGGAAUUGUCUGUUCUCUGCGAUCCGUGUUGAAAAUUUAAAUAAUUUUAUAAAUGUUUUAGUUAAAACUAUUAACUUUCUUCUUGCACGCGAAAAAAACUGCCCGCGUUACGCAAAAGGCGCGCGCACAACCGGUCCGUAGAUUAAGUGUUAAACACAAUAAGUAAAAAGGAGGAAAAAGUGUAUAAUCCGUUUUCUAUCUUUCUAUUCUUUUGAAUUAAGUUUUUACAUUUACUUAUCGGCAGAAGAUUCUUGAGCAAAUUGUAUCAAUAACAAAAAGAAUGUGUCAAUAUGUAUUUUGCGCAAUUUUAAAACAGUAUUAAUUACAAUGUAAGUAUAUGCAUAUAUGAAAGAGUCCGUGCAAUAAUGCUCGAUAAUAUUUUCAAGAUCUAUCGUGCUUUCUGUGAAGCAGUAGUUUCUCGUUGCACUUUUUUGUUUUUCACGUUUUUUCUCCAGUGGCAAUAUAUAAUUUUAUACAUGUAUGUAUAUAUAUAUUAAUGGGAUUUAUCAAGUAGUUUAAUUACGAAUUAGUAGAUUUUUUGUAGAUUUAAUUAAUUACUUUGCAUAUAUUUUAGCAUAGUUGCUAAAAAAAAAAAAGAUUUGACGCGGAACAUAUUAAUGUCGAAAAAACACAGGUGCUAUUGACAUUGACAUUUAUGUGUAUACGUUAUGAUUACCAUUACGUAUAAAUGUUUUAUGAAGAUGGUGAUAUUUAACGUACGUAUGUAACAGAUGUGCAUUAUAUAUAUAUAAAAAAGAAAUUAUUUAUAAUAAUUGCAAACUGAAAUGAGUAAACUCACAAGUUAGUAAUUAAUUGAUAGCACAAUAAGAUUUAUACAUAGUGAACACAUGUAGAUUUGUUGUGUGUAUGACUCUUUAAUACGCGCACGCACACACAUCUGUGAUCUGAAGCUCUUUGAGGGACAAUUUAAUUGUUCUCACUUCAGAAAAAAUACUGGUAUAUACUUUAUACCAAUGUUUUAAACAAUGUUUUUUUUAGAGGAAAAUAAAUAAAAAUUACAGUUCUUUAUAUAUAAGCGUUUCUAUUAAUAAAAAGAUUAACUGCAUACGUUUUAGUUUCCUCCUGGAGAAAAAAAAUACAAUUAUGCCGCAAGGAAAGAAUCCGAAACAUAACGAAAUGCGUUUCGCAAGAUCUGUAAUGCCAACGAAAAAUUAAUUUAUAUUUGAACAUAUUUGCUACAAUACAAUUGUUUCAUACAAUGUCCAUGUGAUAGGAAAAGCGACGAUUAACUCAACAUGUUAAAACUAACCAUCUCUUUCUCUCUCGCUUUUUUUCUUAUGUAAGUAUAAAUAAAUCUAUAUCAUGUCCAAUCGUUAACUCAAUUGACCAGAUUUAGGACUAUCUCAUGUUUAGCGCAGUAACGUUCUACAACCCUAAAUUCGUUGUACGAUACGUAAAAUAUGAUAUCACCUUUGGUCCCGUUGAU